CCAGCGGGAAACCAUGACUGAUGAUUUAACAGAAUGGGAAAUGAUCACAGACGAAAAAGAUGACCAAUCCGAUAUAGAAGUGUUGCAGAGUCCUAUGUCUAUUAGUGAAAAUGAAGAGGUCAAAUGUAAAGCAACUGCAAUACAUACCUGUAGAGAUGUCGAAGAAGACCCGAACAUUUUCGAGAAAGACUUCAAAAGGAAUCAGCUCAUCAAAUGUUUAGAAACGAUUUCUAAAAUGCCGGUCCGCAGUAGACCAGUCUCUCCAUGCAUUUUCGCUUGGGACAGAAUAAACUGGAAAGCCCUUUUCGUCUGUCUGAACGUCUGUACGACUGUUGGUGUGGCUGUCGGACACGGUAUGGGUUACACGAGUGGCUACUCAGCAGGUGUCCGACUCAGGGUGAUUUCUGAAUCCGAGUGUCUGUGUGCCACGGACCACAAACUACAGUGGUGUAGCGACCACCACACUCCUUCCAGGAACACCGAUAACGUCACCAACCCAGUCUUGUCGCUAGAGGCCCAGAACAGCAAGCUCCGAGUAAACAUCCAGCGACUCCAGCAGCAGUUGAAAAACACCGAACGACAGUAUAUGAAGGCAGAACAAAAAUCACAAAAACUAUUGGAGAUCAACAAAGAAAUACUAGUACGAAUGGAAGACCAAAGCAUAAACGUUGUACCACAAGAUCAAGAUUCUCGAACCACGGAUGGAAAGCAGGAUGACAUCCUGAUUGAGAGAUUCGCCGUCCUUGGUCACAAGACAAAAUAUUUGGAACGUGCAGCCAAUCACACAAACGAUGCGAUCAUUCCAAACUCUAAUGGAAAUGAUCCAUCAAGAAAUAACAGUAGCGAAACAGAGAAGGGUGGAACUAUUAAGGCACAUGCGAACACUGGACGUAACGGAAAAGAUCUACCAAGAUAUAAAGAGGUUAAAACACGGGACGCCCAUGGAAUUAAGCCACGUGUUUUCAAUGGAAGAACAAAAGAAAUGGUUCAAAGAAAAGGAAAUCGGGACAAGAAUGAUAUCAGAAGCAACAAGCUGGAAGUGAAACCAGAUGCAAUGUUAACACCAGAGAUGUUGCGCGUCCAAAGACAAAAUUCGCCACCUUAUUGCAAAAGGCAGAGCGUUGACGAAUUGGGAAACGAGAAAGUUGCAGGUAGUCGGCUAAAUACCGACAGAAAGUCUAACAAAGGUAUUCAUGAAAGCAAAUCGGAUGGGACCGAUAGCAAGGACGUUAUCAGACAGACGAAGAAACAGAAGUAAAAUCUUUACUAUGGCGAUGAGCGACUGAGGGAAUUUUACACUGAACCGGAGUGGGGUUUGGGAUUUUGGGUAGGCAGAUGGCUAAACAGAAGGAUAGGCAGACUCUCAAAACUGGGUUUAGUAAGUUCAGUGGUUCGUUUAAACCUUAUUACGGGAUUAACGGUAUGCUACACAACGAACAUGAUGCAUGCAGUAUAACUUAUUUUCAUUGCCAUUUUCUGUACAAUGUUUCUGGGUCGUUUUAGCAGGUACGGCGGAGCAGGGGGGGCUGGGGUGGUGCUGUAGCCCUCUC